AUGUUGUGUCCCGAAGUGUGGCGGUUCGAACCGCCGUCCCACGAAAUCAUCCAAAAGACUGGCACUUUGGACCUGCACGAGCAACCGCGAAAGAAGGACCCCGUCCGGAAUGGAAUCCGGUCGCAUCACUUCAAUCAGCUGAUUACGGUCGUCCUGCCGGACGUAGCCAGCAUCCCGGUUGCCUUAGAAACGGCUCUCGCCGACAGCGAUCACUACCUGGUCCGUAACGUCUCGCUGCGCGCCCUCACCAACCGCGCGUUCCUCGAGGGAUUCGUCAAACGAGGAACCUUCUACGCAGUAUCUUUCCGGACCCGGCUGGACACGGACGACUGUGUGGCGGUUACGCCAGCGGGUGUCCUCGUGCUGCACCUGAACAAGGAAACCUACCAAACCCUGGGCUUGGAGGGCCGCGUCUCGCAGUUUGCUCGCAAGCGAAACAGUAAAUACGGUGAGUAA